AUGCACGCGCCAGUUCCCACCCAUGGGCGAUCCUGUGGCUGUGAAAACGAAUCAAAAGCAACGCACGCCAGACUCUACCCACGCCACCAUAAUCCGAACGGUUUCCAACCCAUCGCGCCCCGACCAUCGCACAGUUCCAAAAAGAGUAAACCCGGCGAGUCCUCCUCAGCACAAGUCUCGAGGUCAGGUUCGACUUCUGCUGCUUCCUCCUCCCAUACCCCCACCGGCGAGCAAACCCCUUCAUACCGUCGCUCCUCAGCCGUCGGCGCGGGAUAUUGGUCCGGCUCAGAGGGCUCGGGCAAUGAUUCCACUACCCGAACAUUAUCUGCUGGUCUGCUUAGCACGACCUCUUGUAGUUCUACCGGUGUUUCAGGUGAACGGGAUCAUGACCGUCUCGCGCGGUCUGCGGCUAAUCUAUGUCCCUCUGAUCUUGAUCUGGAUCCUGUUGUUACAGGGGAUAUGUUUGACCCGUUGUAUUCACUUUUGCCUACUUCUUCUUCCUCUGUUUCUGCUGCUUAUGCGCAGGCUCCGCUGAUUAGCCCUCUUGAAAGUGCUAAUCCAUUUGAUUUCCCGUUGGAUCCGGCUUUGGGGGUUGAUCGUGGUCCGUUGGGGUAUUUGGAGGAUAUGGAUGUCGAUGUUACGGAGGGGUUGGUGGAGGAGUUGUUUCAUGUCGAGGAUUGGUCGAGAUAUAUGUGGUCGCCUGAGACUGGAUUUGAGCAUUUAGAUAUGGGCUUUCCCCCCGUGACACGAUGA